CUAGUUUCACGCUACACUCAAAAUACCAACAAUAAUAGUAAGACUUUCCCAAAAGCCUUCUAUCUCACUCUCUCUGCUGCUUAUUAAGCUUUUCCUUCCUCACUAAGUUGCUUAAACUUGCAGCGCUCUCUCUCUCUCUCUCUCUCUCUCUCUCUCACUCCUCAUUCUCUCUCUCUCUCUCUCUCUCUAGGGUUUCUGCUUCAACCACUCAUCUAUGUCAGAUUCGGAAGCUUAGUCAUCGCUCUCUCUUUCUCUCUCAACCAUCUGGUGUUUGGAUUCUGAGAUUCUGGUCGGAUUUGGCCAGAGAACAUGGCGUCGUCGUCGUCGGCGUCGACUUCGGCGAGAGCCGGAGGAGGCUCCGAUCAAUCUUCGCAGCCGCAGCAGAGGAGGAUUAUGCGGACGCAGACUGCCGGAAACCUUGGGGAAACGAUCUUCGACAGUGAGGUUGUGCCGUCUUCGCUUCAAGAAAUCGCUCCGAUUCUUCGUGUUGCCAAUGAAGUCGAAAAGAGCAACCCUAGAGUUGCUUAUCUCUGCCGAUUUUAUGCCUUUGAGAAAGCUCAUAGGUUGGAUCCCACUUCUAGCGGACGUGGUGUUCGCCAAUUUAAAACUGCUCUCCUUCAACGUCUUGAAAGGGAGAAUGAUCCAACGUUAAUGGGAAGGGUAAAAAAAAGUGAUGCACGUGAAAUGCAGAGUUUUUAUCAGCAUUACUAUAAAAAAUACAUCCAGGCUUUGCAAAAUGCUGCUGAUAAAGCUGAUCGUGCACAGCUUACAAAGGCAUACCAAACUGCUAAUGUUCUCUUUGAAGUUUUGAAGGCUGUGAAUACGACACAAUCUAUGGAACUUGAUCGUGAGAUUUUGGACGUUCAAGAUAAAGUUGCUGAAAAGACAGAGUAUUAUGUUCCUUACAAUAUUCUCCCUCUUGAUCCUGAUAGUGCAAAUCAGGCAAUUAUGAGAUAUCCUGAGAUCCAAGCUGCUGUUUUGGCUCUACGUAACACUAGAGGCCUACCUUGGCCGAAGGACUACCAGAAGAAGAAAGACGAAGACAUUCUGGAUUGGCUUCAGCAAAUGUUUGGGUUUCAGAAGCAUAAUGUUUCAAAUCAAAGGGAGCACCUGGUCUUAUUGCUUGCAAAUGUGCACAUACGACAGUUUCCAAAGCCUGAUCAACAACCCAAGUUGGAUGAGCGUGCAUUGACAGAAGUAAUGAAGAAACUUUUCAAGAACUACAAAAAAUGGUGCAAGUACUUGGGUCGCAAAAGUAGCCUUUGGUUACCAACAAUACAGCAAGAAGUGCAACAGCGUAAACUACUGUACAUGGGUCUCUAUCUGCUAAUAUGGGGGGAAGCUGCAAAUUUAAGAUUCAUGCCAGAAUGCCUUUGCUAUAUUUAUCAUCAUAUGGCUUUUGAAUUGUAUGGUAUGCUAGCUGGGAAUGUCAGUCCCAUGACAGGAGAGAAUGUAAAGCCAGCCUACGGAGGUGAAAAAGAGGCGUUUCUGACAAAAGUUGUAACUCCAAUAUAUAAAGUGAUUGCUAAGGAAGCUGAAAGAAGUAAAAAGGGGAGAUCAAAACAUUCACAAUGGAGGAACUACGAUGACGUAAAUGAAUACUUCUGGUCUGUUGAUUGUUUCCGGUUGGGCUGGCCGAUGCGUGCAGAUGCUGAUUUUUUUUGUUUGUCCACAGAACAGAUUCGCCAGAACAAUGGGCAGAGCCUAAACCAGGAAAGCAAGCAAGCUAGUAGAGAUAGAUGGGUGGGAAAAGUUAAUUUUGUUGAGAUAAGGUCAUUUUGGCAUAUUUUCAGAAGCUUCGACCGUAUGUGGAGCUUUUUCAUUCUAUGCUUACAGGCUAUGAUCAUUGUUGCUUGGAAUGGCACGGGGGAACCAACUGCAAUCUUUGGUUCUGAUGUAUUCAAGAAAGUAUUGAGUGUCUUUAUAACUGCCGCAAUUUUGAAGCUAGGGCAAGCUGUCCUUGAUGUAAUUCUUGGUUGGAAAGCUCAGCGGAGUAUGUCAUUCCAUGUUAAACUAAGAUACAUCUUCAAAGUGGUUUCAGCUGCUGCCUGGGUGAUAGUUCUGCCAGUUACAUAUGCUUACACUUGGGAGAAUCCUCCUGGAUUUGCUCAAACUAUCAAAAGUUGGUUCGGAAAUAAUUCAAGUUCACCCUCGUUGUUUAUUUUGGCUGUCAUUAUGUAUCUGUCACCGAAUAUGCUGGCUGCAAUAUUGUUUCUCUUCCCCUUCAUUCGUCGGUUCCUUGAGAGGUCAAACUAUAAGAUUGUGAUGCUCAUGAUGUGGUGGUCACAGCCUCGGCUCUAUGUUGGGAGGGGAAUGCAUGAGAGCACAUUUUCUCUUUUCAAGUACACAAUGUUUUGGGUUCUUCUUAUAGUGACUAAGUUGGCAUUUAGUUACUAUAUAGAGAUAAAGCCUCUAGUGGCUCCAACAAAAGCUAUUAUGGAGGUUCGAAUAACUAAUUUUCAGUGGCAUGAGUUUUUUCCCCGUGCAAAGAACAAUAUUGGAGUUGUGAUUGCACUCUGGGCUCCAAUUAUUCUUGUCUAUUUUAUGGAUACCCAGAUUUGGUAUGCGAUAUUUUCUACAUUAUUUGGAGGUAUUUAUGGUGCGUUUCGUCGCCUUGGAGAGAUUCGGACACUAGGAAUGCUUCGAUCUCGUUUUCAAUCACUGCCUGCUGCUUUCAAUGCCAGUUUGAUUCCAGAGGAAAAGACUGAGCCAAAGAAGAAAGGACUGAAAGCCGUUUUGUCUUUGUCUCGCAAUUUUGUUUCGAUAUCUAACAAAGGGAAAGAGGCAGCAAGAUUUGCUCAGUUGUGGAACAAGAUAAUCACUAGUUUUAGGGAGGAAGAUCUUAUAAGUAAUAGGGAAAUGGAUCUUUUGCUGGUUCCUUAUUGGGCUGACCGUGAUCUGGACCUUAUACAAUGGCCUCCAUUUUUACUUGCUAGCAAGAUCCCCAUAGCAUUAGAUAUGGCUAAGGACAGCAAUGGUAAGGAUUGGGAGCUAAAGAAGAGAAUUGAAAAUGACAAUUACAUGUCUUGUGCUGUUCGUGAGUCCUAUGCGUCAUUUAAGAACAUUAUCAAGUUGUUGGUUCAAGGGCAACGCGAGAAUAUGAUCAUAGAUAAGAUAUUUUCUGAGGUUGAUCCCCAUAUAGAAGAUGGUACAAUAAUACGCGAGUACAAAAUGAGUGCUCUCCCCACCCUCUAUGACCUCUUUGUUAAGCUUAUCAAAUAUUUGUUGGAUAAUAAGCCGGAAGACAGGGAUCAAGUUGUGAUUCUUUUCCAGGACAUGCUGGAAGUUGUGACAAGAGACAUAAUGAUGGAGGACCAGGACCAGGACCAAAUAUCCAGUUUGGCAGAGUCAAUCCACACUGGACCUGAGCAUGAGGGGAUGAACAACCUUGAAACUAAAUAUCAGUUAUUUGCAUCUGAAGGCGCUAUCAAUUUCCCAAUUAAGGAAACAGAAGCUUGGAAGGAGAAAUUCAAACGGCUUUAUUUACUGCUUACUACAAAGGAAUCUGCCAUGGAUGUGCCAUCCAACUUAGAGGCGAGACGGCGUAUGUCAUUCUUCUCAAAUUCAUUGUUUAUGGAUAUGCCUUUGGCCCCCAAAGUUCGCAAUAUGCUCUCUUUCUCAGUUUUAACACCAUACUACACUGAGGAAGUUCUCUUCUCCUUGCGUGAUUUGGAAGAGCCAAAUGAAGAUGGUGUUUCAAUACUCUUCUACUUGCAAAAAAUUUUUCCAGAUGAAUGGAACAACUUUCUUGAGCGGGUGAAUAUGGAUAAUGAAGACAAUCUGAUGAAGGUCGUGCAUCCAGAAGAACUUAAAAGAUCUGAUGAGUCAGAAGAACUUAAAAGAUCUGAGUUAGAAGAACUUAAAAGAUCUGCUGAGUUAGAAGAACAACUUCGCCUUUGGGCAUCUUUUAGAGGCCAAACUUUGACAAGAACAGUAAGAGGUAUGAUGUACUACCGGAAAGCUUUGGAGCUUCAGGCCUUCCUUGAUAUGGCGAAAGAUGAAGAUUUAAUGGAAGGCUAUAAAGCUGUAGAAUUAAAUUUAGAGGACCACUCGAAGGGGGAAAGGUCUCUCUGGGCACAAUGCCAAGCUGUGUCUGAUAUGAAAUUCACUUAUGUGGUAUCAUGCCAGCAAUAUGGAAUUCACAAGCGAUCUGGUGAUCCUCGUGCACAGGACAUCUUGAGGCUCAUGACAACCUACCCAUCACUUCGUGUGGCAUACAUUGAUGAGCUAGAGGAACCCAACAAAGACAAUUCCAAAAAGGUCAAUGAGAAGGCUUAUUAUUCUUGUCUAGUGAAGGCUGCUUUGCCAAAUUCUAAUUCUUCGGAUCCUGUGCAGAAUUUGGACCAGAUUAUUUAUAAAAUAAAACUUCCUGGACCAGCAAUCUUAGGUGAGGGAAAGCCAGAAAAUCAGAACCAUGCCAUUAUAUUUACACGUGGUGAAGGCUUGCAAACAAUAGAUAUGAACCAGGAUAACUACAUGGAGGAAGCAUUAAAAAUGAGGAAUUUGCUUCAAGAAUUUCUUAAAAAGCAUGAUGGUGUGAGGCACCCUACAAUUCUUGGGCUUAGGGAACAUAUAUUUACUGGAAGUGUUUCUUCUCUUGCUUGGUUCAUGUCAAAUCAAGAAACCAGUUUUGUGACAAUUGGGCAGAGACUAUUGGCCAACCCUCUGAAGGUCCGAUUCCACUAUGGUCAUCCUGAUGUGUUUGAUAGGAUCUUUCACCUUACUAGAGGGGGUGUCAGUAAAGCUUCCAAGGUUAUUAAUUUGAGUGAAGACAUUUUUGCUGGCUUCAAUUCUACUCUUCGUGAAGGCAAUGUUACCCAUCAUGAGUACAUACAAGUCGGGAAGGGGAGGGAUGUGGGCCUGAACCAGAUUUCUAUGUUUGAGGCAAAGGUAGCUAAUGGCAAUGGAGAACAGACAUUGAGUCGAGAUAUAUACCGGCUUGGACACCGUUUUGACUUUUUCCGAAUGUUAUCAUGUUAUUUCACCACAAUUGGUUUCUACUUCAGUACUCUGAUCACUGUGCUCACUGUGUAUGUGUUCCUUUAUGGUCGCCUUUAUCUUGUCCUGAGUGGGCUUGAAGAAGGCCUGAGUACUCAACCAGCAAUUCGAGAUAAUAAGCCUCUUCAAGUGGCUCUUGCUUCCCAAUCUUUUGUUCAAAUUGGAUUUUUGAUGGCCUUGCCUAUGUUGAUGGAAAUAGGGUUGGAAAGGGGUUUCCGAACUGCAUUAAGUGAAUUUAUAUUGAUGCAAUUGCAACUGGCCCCUGUAUUUUUCACAUUCUCUCUCGGGACAAAGACCCACUACUAUGGAAGGACAUUGCUUCAUGGGGGUGCAAAAUAUAGGCCCACAGGUCGAGGGUUUGUGGUGUUCCAUGCCAAGUUUGCUGACAAUUAUAGACUGUACUCCCGUAGUCACUUUGUCAAGGGAAUUGAGCUCAUGAUCUUGCUUCUUGUGUACCAAAUCUUUGGUCAUACUUAUAGAAGUGCUGUUGCCUAUGUCUUGAUCACUAUAUCUAUGUGGUUUAUGGUGGGUACAUGGCUUUUUGCUCCCUUUCUUUUCAACCCUUCUGGUUUCGAGUGGCAAAAGAUUGUAGACGAUUGGACCGAUUGGAAUAAGUGGAUAAGCAACCGAGGAGGUAUAGGUGUGCCACCAGAAAAAAGUUGGGAAUCAUGGUGGGAAGAGGAACAAGAGCAUCUUCGUCAUUCUGGAAAGCGUGGUGUCAUAGCUGAAAUAUUGUUAUCCUUACGAUUCUUUAUAUAUCAAUAUGGACUUGUAUAUCAUUUGAACAUUACAAAAAACACUAAAAGUUUUCUGGUCUAUGGAAUAUCUUGGCUGGUGAUCUUGCUAAUAUUGUUUGUUAUGAAGACUGUCUCUGUUGGGCGGCGAAGGUUCAGUGCCAAUUUUCAACUCGUGUUCCGGCUAAUCAAAGGAAUGAUUUUCCUAACUUUUGUCUCCAUUCUGGUCACUCUGAUUGCCCUCCCUCACAUGACAGUCCAAGACAUCAUUGUUUGCAUUCUGGCCUUUAUGCCAACUGGUUGGGGGCUCAUUCUGAUUGCGCAAGCCUGCAAGCCUGUUGUUCAGCGGGCUGGGUUUUGGGGUUCAGUUCGGACACUUGCUCGUGGUUAUGAGAUUGUAAUGGGUUUGCUACUGUUCACUCCAGUUGCAUUCCUGGCCUGGUUUCCUUUCGUUUCAGAAUUCCAAACUCGUAUGCUCUUUAACCAAGCAUUCAGCAGAGGUCUACAGAUUUCUCGUAUUCUUGGUGGUGGCCAGCGAAAGGAUCGUUCAUCACGCAACAAGGAGUAAUUUUACUGACUGCAGCAGGGGCUAUGUUUAUGCUAAUCCCACAAUUCUUAUUACACUCAGGCAGACUUAUUUACUGUUUAUAUCUAUUAUAAGCUGUUGUUGUAAUUAACUAAUUAUGGUGCUAAUAGGGCUGCGUUAGUGCAUUUUUGUGUAUUCUAUUUGACUCAGGUUCUGCCAGCUCUUCUGUGUCCCAUCAAAAAGCAUUUUACUAAUUAUGAUAAUUGGGUUAUAUAA